UAGUACGCCAAAGAAGAAAAAGGAAGAAUACAGGAACAUUCGCAAAGGCGGUCAGCGUGCCACAGACAACGCGGACCUGCAGUGAAGUACGAAGUACCUACAGCAACGCCCACUCGCCGAGUUGCAUCCGAAAAGCUUCCUGGCCUAACCCGAUUGGGCGCCCGCGGUCCCGUCUCGUCUCCCCACUGCGCUCCGUCCAUUUUCCCCUGCUCCCUUUUGCUUUCCCCAAAACUCUGUUCCCAUUGACCUCGGUGUCUUCUUCCACUUGUCGUCGUUGUUGAUACCCUCACAAUCCCAUCCGCACCUUAUUCAUCAUGUUGGCCUCCAAGAUCCAGCGCCGGGCUUUCUCGGCCUCUGCGCGCGACCUCUCCAAGGUCGCCGUCCUCGGCGCCGCUGGCGGCAUUGGCCAACCCCUCUCCCUCCUCCUCAAGAUGAACACCCGCGUCACCGACCUGGCUCUGUACGACAUCCGUCUCGGCCCUGGUGUGGCCGCCGAUGUCUCUCACGUCAACACCAAGUCCACCGUCAAGGGCUACGACCCCACGCCCAGUGGCCUCGCCGCCUGCCUUAAGGGCUCCGACAUCGUCCUCAUCCCCGCCGGUGUCCCCCGCAAGCCUGGCAUGACCCGUGACGACCUCUUCAACACCAACGCCUCCAUCGUCCGCGAUCUCGCCAAGGCCGUUGCCGAGUCUGCCCCCAAGGCCAAGGUCUUGGUCAUCGCGAACCCCGUCAACUCUACCGUUCCUAUCUGCGCCGAGGUCUUCAAGGCCAAGGGUGUCUACAACCCCAAGACCCUCUUCGGUGUCACCACUCUCGAUGUUGUCCGCGCCAGCCGCUUCGUCUCCGAGAUCAAGAACACUGAUCCCAAGGACGAGAACAUCACCGUCGUUGGCGGCCACUCCGGCGUCACCAUCGUCCCUCUCUUCAGCCAGAGCAACCACCCCGACCUGAGCUCCAACGCCGAGCUUGUCAAGCGUGUCCAGUUCGGCGGUGACGAGGUCGUCAAGGCCAAGGAUGGUGCCGGCUCUGCCACCCUCUCCAUGGCCAUGGCCGGUGCCCGCAUGGCCGACUCCCUGCUCCGCGCCGCCGACGGCGAGAAGGGCGUCGUCGAGCCCACCUUUGUGGACUCGCCCCUGUACAAGGACCAGGGCAUCGACUUCUUCAGCAGCAAGGUUGAGCUCGGCCCCAACGGUGUCGAGAAGAUCCUGCCGAUUGGCAAGGUCGACGCCAACGAGGAGAAGCUCAUCGAGGCCUGCCUGGGCGACCUCAAGAAGAACAUCGAGAAGGGCGUUUCCUUCGUUGCCCAGAACCCCGGCAACUAAGCGUGCUCUUGCCGUUGACGACGAGCGCCUCGCGUGUUUGAUAGCCAUGGCUCUUCAGCGUGAGCAUGCCUUGACGAAUCAAAAAGUAAUGGGGAAGUGCAACUUGCCUUCACAUUGCUGACGUAGUGUGUGGCGUGUUUGGGGGGUUGCCUUCAAGGAGGUGGACGGGCAAUGGGGACAGGGAAUGACUUCUUGUGUUCUACGACUUGCCAUAGACUUCCUUUCCCAUCUACGUCUUGUACCAUAGCAAUACGCGCACCUGGUGCGCCAUUUCCAUUUGUGCACACCUCUGUCCACGUCCAGUCAGAUGUGACCUGAGAUGCCAACACGUCUAUCGGGUUCAUGUAUGAUAUGAUAUGAUACACUCAUCGCAGUCCAACUGUCUAUCCA